AUGGAUGAUAUGGGUACUCUCGCCCGCCAGGGUCUCCAAAACUCGACCAGCGCCGGCUUCAAGGAAUCAAUCGCCGAAGCAGCCCAGCAGCGCUGGACCGAGAUCGAGGACGGCAAGGCCCAGUAUACCAGUGGCACCCUGAAUCACCUUACGGCGAAUGCGAUGCCGGUCGAACGCGAAUUCUACGAUUUCUACCGUACCGAACGUGGCGAGCUUGCGCUCGUUAGAUCAACGCCAGAACUCACGACUCACCCUACGUUCUCUUCCUUCACCAAGUUCGUCAAUUGUUAUCUUUUCAGUGGCAUUCAGAAAGUUUCACCGCGUCCUUUAAUUUUCAUCUCUGGUGACCAGGCACACUCCCGCGAGUUUAGCGAUGACGCUUAUUCGCGUGCUGCUGAACCGAAGGAGCUCCUCUGGGUGCCUGGUGCAGGCCACGUUGAUCUUUAUGAUCGCAUCGAGCUCAUCCCAUUUCAGUGA